AUGGCUGGCCAGAGACUUCCCGAGGUUGACCUAGUCACCCGGAUGCAGGUCGACGACUCCGUCGUGGGCUCGGGCGAAAUCGACGAGUCUCUCUACAGCCGACAGCUCUACGUUCUCGGCCAUGAAGCCAUGAAGCGCAUGGGCGCGUCUAACGUGCUCAUCGUUGGGCUCAAGGGCCUUGGUGUCGAGAUUGCAAAGAAUGUCGCCCUGGCUGGCGUCAAGAGCCUUACCCUCUACGAUCCCGCCCCAGUCGCCAUCGCAGACCUCUCCUCUCAGUUUUUCCUACGUCCUGAGGACGUUGGCAAGCCUCGUGACCAGGUCACAGUCCCGCGCGUUGCAGAGCUCAACGCGUACACACCCGUUACUGUGCAUGAGUCUUCAGGCCUCUCCGAUAACCUCUCCCAGUUCGACAAGUACCAAGUCGUCGUCCUCACGAACGUGCCCCUGCACCACCAGAUCAUAAUUGGUGACUACUGCCACUCGAAAGGCAUCUACUUGAUUGCCGCCGACACAUUCGGCCUGUUUGGCAGCAUCUUCUGUGACUUUGGCGAAAAGUUCUCUGUCAUUGAUUCGACCGGCGAGAACCCCCUUAGCGGUAUCAUUGCUGGAAUCGACGAGGAGGGAGUCGUGUCUGCCAACGACGAGACCCGCCACGGGUUGGAGGAUGGCGAUUAUGUCACAUUCACAGAGGUCGAGGGUAUGGAGGGGCUGAACGGCUGCGAGCCGCGGAAGGUGACCGUGAAGGGACCAUAUACUUUCUCGAUCGGCGAUGUCUCCGGCUUGGGCCAGUACAAACGAGGAGGUCUGUUCCAGCAGGUCAAGAUGCCAAAGAUCAUGGAUUUCAAGAGCUUCUCGGCUGCGUUGAAGGAACCUGACUUCGUCCCGUCUGACUUUGCCAAGUUCGACCGCCCUCAGCAGCUGCACCUUGGUUUCCAGGCGUUGCAUGCCUUUGCACAAUCCCAGGGGCGCUGGCCGAGGCCGAUGAACAAGGAGGACGCUACGGUGGUGCUGGAGUCUGCCAAGUUCUUUGCAAAGGAGCAGGGCAUCGAGGUGGAUAUUGACGAGAAACUGCUCAUGGAGCUAAGCUACCAGGCCGUGGGCGACCUCAAUCCCAUGGCGGCCUUCUUUGGUGGACUCACGGCACAGGAGGUCCUCAAGGCAGUCUCGGGCAAGUUCCACCCUGUCAAGCAGUGGAUGUACUUUGACUCGCUUGAAUCGCUCCCUGAAGGCACCGGGCGAUCCGAGGAGCUUUGUGCCCCUCUGGGCAGCCGGUACGAUGGCCAGAUCGCCGUCUUUGGGAAGGAAUACCAGGAGAAGCUCUCCAAUGUGAAGCAGUUCCUGGUCGGCGCAGGAGCCAUCGGCUGUGAAAUGCUGAAGAACUGGGCCAUGAUUGGUCUCGGUACCGGUCCAAACGGCCAGAUUACCAUUACCGAUAUGGACUCCAUCGAAAAGAGCAACUUGAACCGGCAGUUCUUGUUCCGGGCCAAGGAUGUGGGCAAGAUGAAGAGCGACUGUGCCGCGGAGGCCGUUCAGCUCAUGAACCCUGAUCUAGCCGGACACAUCGUUUGCCUCAAGGAUCGCGUUAGCCCCGAGACCGAGGAGAUUUUCAACGAGGAGUUUUGGUCCAGGCUGGACGGUGUCACGAACGCGCUGGACAACGUGGAGGCCAGAACCUACGUUGACCGACGCUGUGUGUUCUUCAAGAAGCCACUGCUUGAGAGCGGCACGCUCGGGACCAAGGGCAACACCCAGGUCGUCCUGCCAGGGGUCACCGAGUCGUACUCUUCAUCAGUCGACCCUCCAGAACAGUCCUUCCCCAUGUGCACCCUGCGAAGCUUUCCCAACAAGAUUGAGCACACGAUUGCUUGGGCACGAGAGCUCUUUGAGACCGCCUUCGUCAAGCCUGCCGAGACUGCCAAUCUGUACUUGACCCAGCCAAACUAUCUAAAGAGCACCAUGGCGCAGGGAGGUGAUCAGAAGACGACCCUGACGAUGCUUCGAGACUAUCUCAAGAACGAGCGUCCGCUCACCUUUGAAGACUGCGUGAGCUGGGCUCGUACGCUCUUCGAGAAGCAGUACAACAAUGCGAUCCAGCAGCUCCUCUUCAACUUCCCCAAGGAUGCCACUAAUUCCACCGGGCAGCCAUUCUGGUCCGGUCCCAAGCGUGCUCCAGACCCAUUGAAGUUUGACAUCAACAAUGAGACACAUUACCAGUUUCUUGUUGCCGCCACAAAUCUGCACGCCUUCAACUACAAUAUCAAUGUACACGACAAGGACCGUGCGGCAUAUGUGGCCGCCGUGGAUUCCAUGAUUGUUCCCGACUUCUCUCCAGACCCUGGCGUCAAGAUUCAAGCUGAUGACAAGGACCCUGACCCCAAUGCACAGGGUGGAGGUGCAUUUGAUGACGAAGCAGAACUGGGCAAGAUUGCGAGUGAAAUACCUGAUGCCAAGUCAAUGUCGGGCUUCAAGCUCACGCCGGUCGAGUUUGAGAAGGACGAUGACACCAAUCACCACAUCGACUUCAUCACAGCAGCAAGCAAUCUGCGGGCGCUGAACUACAAGAUCGAGACUGCUGACCGCCACAAGACCAAGUUCAUCGCGGGCAAGAUCAUCCCGGCGAUCGCGACCACGACGGCGUUGGUGACAGGUCUGGUCGUCCUGGAGCUCUUCAAAGUCCUUGAUGGCAAGACGGAUACGGAGCAGUACAAGAACGGCUUCAUCAACCUGGCGCUGCCCUUCUUUGGGUUUGGCGAGCCCGUUGCCAGUCCGAAGGUUACGUGGAAGGGAACAGAUGGCAAGGAGCACACUAUGGACAAGAUCUGGGACCGGUUUGAGUUUGCAGACAUCACAUGUCAGGAGCUUAUUGCCGAGUUCGAGAAGCUCGGUCUCUCGCUGUCCAUGCUGAGCUCAGGCGUCAGCCUGCUGUAUGCCGGCUUCUUCCCCAGCAACAAGACCAAGCCACGGAUGGGCCUCAAGCUCUCGGAGCUGGUGGAGACUGUCUCUCAGAAGCCCAUCCCCGCGCACCAGAAGAAUGUCAUCUUCGAGGUGGUGGUCGAGGAUGCGGAUGGCGAGGACGUCGAGGUGCCUUACGUGAUGGUCACGCGGAAGUAAAGUGAAGUAAGUUGAGUGAAGGGGGCUGGGCCUGUGAUUGGGACACGAAAGCAUGGAGAUUCCUAAGUCAGCACAAUACUAUGGACGAAUGACCAUCUCCCCUUUCCUGAGGCGAGCCUUCUUUUUAUCUUCUCUCAAGAAUGACGAUUUGCCUGAGCGAGUCUAGCUAGAUCAGGGAGAGAACAGAAGGCAUUCAAGAUAGAUGGAAAACGAUGAGGCAUUUUGAUGUUUUUGU